AUGGCUUCUCCGACCAUGAUCAACUCGAAUCAAAUAGGCGAUGCCGCCCCGAGGCAGAACGGCACAGCCGAGCCGCUGAGCAGAGACGUUGUCAACGCGGAGCUCAAAAUGGCCGGCAAGAGAGGUCCCGAAACAGUCCCCCUCCGCGCAAAUGCGUCCACCAAGAGCAACGUGGUGCUGGUGCGCAGAAUCAAGAGAAAGAACGUCAGUCCCAUGGAGCAGUUCACCGGCUGGCUUGUCAACAAUCAGACGGGUCUGGCCUUCAACCUGAUUGCCCUGCUCUUCCUCGCCCAUUCGUUCUUCCCGUCCCUCCGAGCCCACACGACCAAGUUCUUCACCCUCUCCUACUUCAACCCCCAGACCGGGCGCUAUGGUGUCGGCUCCGAUGAUACCUACUUCAUCGUCUUCUUCGUCGUUCUCCUGACCGGCGUCCGAACUUUCACCAUCGACUACAUCCUGAGCCCGUUUGCCCGGCGCUGGAAUCUCAGCAAGAAGAAGGAGCUGGCCCGCUUUGGCGAGCAGGGAUGGCUCUUGAUCUACUGCGCCGUUUUCUGGAGCAUGGGAGUGUAUCUCUACUACAGCUCUCCGGCGUGGUUGAAUCUGAGGAACCUGUGGGCUCACUGGCCGAACCGGGAGAUGGACACCCUUAUGAAGUGGUACCAGCUGAUCCAGCUGGCGUUCUGGCUGCAGCAGAUCUUCGUCGUCAACAUCGAGCCCCGUAGAAAGGACCACUGGCAGAUGUUCAGCCACCACAUCCUCACCAUUACCCUCGUCUACUGCUCCAUCCGCUACCACCACACCCCUGUCGGUAACCUGAUCCUUAUUCUCAUGGACAUUGGCGACUUGACAUUGGCGAUUGCCAAGUGCUCCAAGUAUCUCGGUUACUCCAACUUCUGUGACUACAUGUUUGGUGUCUUCAUGGCCAGCUGGUUCGUCUGCCGACAGGUCAUCUUCCCCAUGGUCAUCUACUCGGUCUGGAAGCACACCGGAGAGGUCAUGCCCAUCGCCUGCUUCAGGGGCUCCCACUCGGAAAUGUCGGGGCCUAUGGACCCGCCCACCGACAACAACUGGUAUCUGCUCGAUCCCUUGGUCGACAGCGAGGGCCUCGUCUGCUUCAACUCGACGGUCAAGUGGAGCUUCCUGUCGGUGCUGCUGGUGCUCAACCUCAUCAUCCUAGUCUGGUUCACCAUGAUCGUGCGGGUCGCGGUCCGUGUCAUCAGCGGCACCGGUGCCGACGACGUCCGGAGCGACGACGAGGGCGAGAGCGAGGAAGAGGACGAGUUCGUUUACGAAGAGGCCCAGCCCCUCGAGGAGGAGGUCGGCGUGGAGGACAUUGACCUCAAGGGCUGGGAGCGGAGGUCUGGCGUUAAGAGGCAGGCGUCUUCGGCCACGGGUGUCAGUCUCCCCGGCCACAGCGAUCGCAAGGAGCUGCUGGGCCGCAUUGGCUGCGAAAAGCAGGUUGAUUAG